AGGUGGGGGAGAACAGGGAAUGUACCGGGCACCUUGAGCAGCUCCUGGGUUCCUGAUUGGUGGCUGGGCUGUCCUCCGAGUUGCCUUUAAAAAGCCCAGCACAGAUGACCUGGCCCUGGAUCCAGUAACGGAGAAGUAGAGGAGACACAGGUCAACGAGUGGAGAAAGAGUCUGAAGACUGAAGCUUGGCAUAUUGAAGACAACCGUACUCCUUCUACCUUAUUGCUAAAUGUGCUCUGUUGAAACCUGCUCUCUUGCCUAGCUGAAGAUUUCUCUACUCAGGACAACAUUAUUAUUGAGUGUUUGGUUGAUAACUAGCUGGGUACUGUCUCACUAAAGCCUGUUUGAAUGAACACAGACAGACAGUAGACUUCAUUACAUAGUCUAACUGUAGACUACCUAACAGACAGACAGUAGACUUCAUUACAUAGUUUAACUGUAGACCUGACAGACCAUUUCCAGAGAACUGCCACAGUGCUUGUUUGACACAGGAGAUCCUACCAACAAUACCUUGACCAGAUGAUUCUCAAGAUCUUCCUCACCCUCCUCUUCCUCCAUGGUCUGGUGCUAAAUGCAUCCUCCUCUUCCUCAUCCUCCGAAGAGGAGGAUGGCGGGAGCAGUGAGAAGGAGAGCGGGGAGCAUCAUCCUAAAGGUGUCCCUCAUGGUGGACACUGGGGCUACGAAGAUCAAGCGGCCUGGUCCUCCGAGUUCUUGCACUGCAGUGGAAAAUCCCAGUCUCCCAUUGACAUUGAUACCAGGAGAGCCGUCUAUGACCGCAGCCUGCCACCCAUAACACUGGAGGGCUAUGAUCUGACAGAUAGCUCAGCAUUGACACUGUUGAACAACGGCCAUACCUUGCAGCUGAUUCUACCCAACACUAUGCGCAUCGUCAGUGGGUUUGACAACGAGUUCCGGGCCGCCCAACUGCAUUUCCACUGGGGGACCAAAGAGGUGCCAGGAUCUGAACACACCAUAGAUAAAGUCCAUUUCCCUGCGGAGAUCCACGUGGUUCAUUACAACUCUAAAUAUGCAAAUCUGUCAGAGGCAGCCACCAAAUCAGAUGGCCUGGCUGUAUUAGGGGGCUUCAUCGGGAUUGGUCUUCAUGAGAAUGACAACUAUGAAAAGAUCCUGUCUGCACUCACUGAUGUUAGCAUUGAAGAGUCUAACACUGAGAUCCCUGCCUUCAAUGUCCGUCAUCUUUUGCCAAACAAGCUGGAUCACUUCUACAGAUAUAACGGCUCCCUUACCACUCCACCCUGCUUCCAAACAGUCAACUGGACCAUGUUCAAUGAGACCAUCACAGUGUCCAGGAGGCAGUUGGCUGCUCUGGAGGACACCCUGAAAGCAGGCCAACACCAGCACCUGACCAAGAACUUCAGAGCACCUCAGCUUUUACACGGGAGACACGUCCUCGCCUCGUUCACAGACACUCCCACCAUAGUCGUUGCAGGACGUCCAAGUAUCUCUAUCAACACCUUGUCGGAGACUGAUGCCUCUAACAGUGAAGGGCCAUCAACUGGGCCAUCCAAGGGCCUGGCAAGAGGAGAUAUCUUGGCCAUAGCCUUUGGAGCUCUCUUUGCCGUCACCUUGCUGCUAUUCACGCUCUACGCAUACCAACAGCGUAAAAAAUACUCUGUUAUCAAAAAGGACUCCAGACAGAACGUUAUCUACAAACCAGCAACUAAAGAAGAGGCAUAGAUGUCACUGGAAAGGAUUCCUAUUCAGAUUCCAUAUUCAAACUAUUUUCAAUAAUAAUUAAAGAGAUUCUCCAGUACUUUUGUAGACCUUUUAGCCAGUAGUUCUGAAAGUAGCUCUCACAAGCCAAAAGUCCCAGAAAAUGGCAUACUAUGUCAGUUCAUGUGCAGAUGCUGUAUGCGCAACGUGUCAUCGCUCUGCUGUGGUGCAUGAUGUGCCUCUUGCUAGCUGUCACUAAUAUGGCGAGGGGUUGAAGCUCAUUGGUUGAAAUCAAACUGUCCCACGUGUAGGGAAAAUGGACCAGCACAGCUUUUCAAACUAGGGAUUUCAUGGAAAAUUGAGGUAAAACAGUCAUUCUGCUCAUAGAUUAUGAAUGUAUGAACUACACAUUGACACAUCCAGCCCAAUGUGGGAUGUUUAAAAAAUGCUUAGUAGUCGGCAGAGUUCCGGAGCGUGUCUUUAAAACAUUGAUGAAAGAGAAUUCAUAUAUUGCUCAACCCAAGUUUGACAUUUGCUCAGAAUGAAUGUCCUUGUCUUUGUUGGUUUAACUAUGUAAUAUGUGUAUAUGGUAUGUACAGAAUAAUAGCUGUAGUUACCACAAGUAGGAAUGUAUACAAUGUGUUCUGUAAAAUUGUGGUGUUAAAAUUCAAAGAUGUUCAUGAAUACAAUCUACCCGUCAAUGUUCUAACUCCAAUAGAAUUGACUUACUGUCAAUUAAGAAAGUCAAAUCACUUUUUCCCAGGGUGUUCACUUGGUUACAAGUACUAGAGCUGCAAGUGUUAUGCUGUAUUGUAUGUGUUGGAUAUCAUGCAGGAAGUGUUUUAUAUGAGUAUUGUAUUGUUAUUGCUGUAUAUGCCCUAAUGUAUUCACACUCGUCACUAAUACUGUUAAGUUGUUUUGUAGUUUACCUUCUCACCUCUCCACAAUGGUGUAUACUGAUGUGCAAUUGGACCUUGAAAUGUACAAUUAAUGUGUCAUAUUCUUAUAAAGUCUGUCUCAUAUGCCAUCUAUUAACUAUGUGCAAUACAAAUCUACCAAAAUGGUGGUUAAAUUAAGUCAUAUAAAAUAGUGUGUGAUUUUGUUAGGUGGGUCAAUCAUCAGUAAAAUGCCUAUACUGUUAUACAUAUUACGGUUCCUCUAUGUAUUAAACAUUAAAAAAAUAAAAAUAA